UGUAGAGUUGAGGUCAGUAGUCAUUAUUAAAUCUGAUUCAUUCCGUCUGUAAAAUGGAAGGGAUCAUUAACACUCGAAACAUAACAACAUACGAAAUGAGGGAUACUUUGAUAUUUAUUUUAACUAUUUGUACACCGUUGGACUUGGUGAUCAUUUGUGGAAACGCUUUUGUUCUUAUUUUUAUUCGCCAAACUCCCAGUUUACAAGUGCUGCAGUUCACUUUGAUUGCGAGCUUAGCAUUAGUUGACCUACUUACGGGGAUCAUCGCCGUCCCCCUGUACGUGUUGGCGCUUGUUACGCGGGGAGACGACUACAUUAAGAUUGAUAGCUGUAAUUUACUAUACAUUCCUUUGAAAAUAUGUCUUGUUACGUCGUUUUUCCACCUUCUUUUUAUUACGACGGACCGGUACGUUUCUAUAAUAAAACCAUUAAAAUAUAGACAAAUAGUUACUCAGACCCGAGUUUUCUGUGCCAUCAUUUUCUCCUGGAUUACAGCCAGUGCAUUUAGCUUCACGCAGUUGCUUUGGAAGGGCGAGGGAAUAUUCCUUUGUUACCAAAGUAUUGCAGCUCAACGUUACAUGAUUUUGAUAAUGUUCCCGACCGGUAUGUUCUUAUUGAUCAAAAUGUACUUCCGUAUUUUCAUGGAAGCAAGAAAGCACAGAAACACCAUAACCGCUCAGAAUACAGUCGGCACACUAACAACUGUUCAGAAGAAUGUUAAAGCGGCUAAAACAAGUGCUUUGAUGGUCUGCUGUUUCAUUGCUGCCUACUUGCCUUAUUCUAGCAAAGUUUUUAUCAUUCUAUUCAUUCAACGCUCUGAGAUGUACUGGUACGAUUUGAUGUCGGAACUGUUUAUAUGUAUUGGUUCGGCCGUUAAUCCGUUCAUCUACGUGUUCCGUCAUAAGCAAUUCUCAUCUGCUUUACGUCGCCUAUUGCGCAAUAAAGUCAGUGGAGAAUUGGAUUCUCAAUUAGUACAGUAAUUCUGUUUGAUAGUCCCACUGGGAGGCUUCACUA